ACUUUUCCUUUAUAUCGUUUCGUGCCAGCUAUUUAUUUCCUCUCCUCUUGGUUCAGUUGCAUUACAUUUAGGAGGAUCUUGAAGUACGAAGACCGCCGACACUGACAGAGCAGAAAUACUUGAAGAACAAAAUGGCAGAUCCUUGGCAAGAAUCAAUGGACCAUGCAGUUGUUGUGGCCAGGAAAGCUGGAGCAGUUAUCCGAGAUGCACUUCAGAAUGAGGUUAAGAUUAUGACAAAGAGCUCAUCUGUGGACCUGGUCACCAAAACUGAUCAAAGGGUGGAGAAGAUCAUAAUUCAAUCUGUCAAAGAAAAAUUCCCCACGCAUAGCUUUAUUGGAGAAGAGUCAGUAUCUGCAGGAGAACCUUGCAUUCUAACGGACAACCCCACCUGGAUUGUCGAUCCUGUGGAUGGAACGACAAACUUUGUACAUGGGUUUCCCUUUGUAGCUGUGUCAAUUGGCUUUGCUGUCAACAAAGAGCUUGAGUUUGGUGUGGUAUACAGCUGUUUGGAGGAUAAAAUGUACACAGGUAGAAAAGGCAAAGGUGCCUUCUGUGAUGGAGAGAGGCUGCAGGUGUCUGACCAAACAGACAUGAGAAAAACUAUAAUCAUCAGUGAGCUUGGGUCAAACAGAGACCCUGUGGUGGUCAGCAAGAUAUUUUCCACCAUGCAGAAAAUCCUCUGCAUCCCAGUGCACGGGAUACGUGGUUCAGGCACUGCUGCCACCAACAUGUGUAUGGUUGCAUCAGGGGCAGUUGAGGCCUUCUUUGAGAUUGGGAUCCACUGUUGGGACAUCGCUGCCGGGGCAGUGAUCGUGACAGAGGCUGGUGGCGUCCUCAUGGAUGUGGAUGGAGGACCAUUUGACUUGAUGUCAAGAAGAAUGGUUUCAGCAAAUAAUAAAACGAUUGCUGAGAGGAUCGUCAAAGAGAUCGAAAUUUUUCCUGCAGAGAGGGAUGAUGCACCCAAAAAGAAGUGAAGGCUUAAUACCAUGUCUCCUUUAUCACUGCCAAUUUUUAUAGACUUUCACAACUACUGUUGGCGCUUUGAAGCCCUGUGAAGUCGUAAGUUAGAUGAGGAAACGUAAAGAAGUUUUGUCCUCUGCAUUUCACGGCAGACCAUGCAUUGUUGAAUGUUAUUUUAUUUUAUUUUUUACUGUUUGCCAACAUUUUUUUUUACUGUACACCAAAUAAUGUUUAACUGGGCAUUAGCAAUUAGAAAAAACUGUAAUGUUGAUAAUGGUUCUAAAAAUAAAUGAUAAAGCAGUU